CUUUCUCUCUCUUCGCUCUGUUACUUCCCAGUCUUUCAGCUCAAGUUUCUCACGGUUCCUCUCAAAUUUCCAUGGCUACAAUUGCUUUGCGCGUUAUCUAAACUUUCACAGUUGGGAUUAAUAGAUAUGUAUGUAGCACAGUUUCUAGAGAGAGAAAACAUUACCAAAGUCAUUGCUUCCCGCGUUUUCCAUCUCCAAUCUUCAUUUUUCUCAUGCGUGCAAGUCAUUCUCAUUCUCAAUCUCAUCAAUCUCUCUCUUCAACCCACCACAUUCCUUGGUCCUUAACGGUUUUAAUUCUCUUUAAGCUUCUUCAUCCUCAUCUCUCUCUCUCUCUCUCUCUCUCUCUAUUUCUAUCUUUUUCUUUCUCGCUUAUCCACUUUAUUUACAUCACUUUCCUGUUUCUAAACAAAACCCAACUCGCACAAUUUGGUAAUUGUUUGUUCUGAUAACCUUCAAAGGCUUGAAAUUUCAGUCCCUUUUUACAGCUGAUUUGUGAAGAAAUCUAUGUGAGAUCUGAAUUGAAACCAUGGGGAACCACAUGAGCACAACCAAGCCACCUGAAACUUCAACAGCAGCAACAAGGCCACCGCCACCACCAACACUCAAUUUCAAUAACAAUCUCCAAUACACAACUGAGCUCAAUUCAUAUGAGGCCGCAUGCAGGAUUGAUGAGGACUUACAGUCCUUCGACACAAGCCUCCAAGCACGCACGAACCAAGUCAUCAACACCCUCGCAAACGGUGUUGAGGUUCGUGCCCUCUCAUUCGAUUCGCUAAAAGAAGUAACCGAAUGCCUCUUGGAGAUGAACCAGGAGGUAGUGAAAGUGAUCUUGGAGUGCAAGAAAGACAUAUGGAAGAAUCAAGAAUUGUUUGAGCUUGUUGAGGAGUACUUUGAGAACAGCUUGCAAACUCUCGAUUUCUGCACUGCAUUGGAAAAAUGCCUCAAGCGUGCUCGUGAUAGCCAAUUGCUCAUCCUCGUUGCCCUCCAACUGUUCGACGAAGAGCAUGAUAAAGUUGAGGGGAACAAAUAUGAGAGGACUUUGGAGGAGUUGAAGAAUUUCAAGAAUGCUGGUGACCCUUUCACCAAUGAGUUCAUUCAAAUUUUCCAAGCUGUUUAUAGGCAGCAAUUACAAAUGCUUGACAAAUUGCAAAUGAGAAAGAAAAAGCUUGACAAGAAGCUAAAGUACAUUCAUGCUUGGAGGAAGGUUUCAAGUAUAAUCUUCGUAGCUACAUUUGCCACGGUGUUGAUUUGCUCAGUCGUGGCAGCAGCCAUGGCUGCCCCGCCUGUCGCUGCUGCUUUAGCCGCUGCAAGUUCAAUUCCACUGGGAUCGAUGGGAAAGUGGAUUGAUUCUCUUUGGAAGAACUAUGAAAAUGCUGUGAAAGGACAGAAGGAAGUACUUAGCUCAAUGCAAGUGGGUACUUAUGUUGUCAUUAAGGACUUGGAUAACAUUCGGGUGCUCAUUGAUCGGUUGGAGAUUGAGAUUGAAUCGCUCUUGAAUGUUGCUGAUUUCGCCAUUAAAGAAGAGGCGGUGAUGGUUGGGAUAGAGGAGAUAAAGAAGAAACUAGGGGUGUUUAUGAAGAGUGUGGAGGAUUUGGGGGUUCAAGCUGAUAUGUGUAGCCGAGACAUUCGUAGGGCAAGGACUGUGGUUCUGCAGAGGAUCAUAAAACAACCCAACCAUUGAAAGACUCCACUCCUUGGUAUGGUCAGCCAACACUGCUCUUAUGCUGGAAGCUUUAUCUGAUUUUCUUGUUGUGUGAUGAUGAUAAGUAUAUCAACUUCUGAAUUUGUAUCUUGAAUCUAUGCAAUAGGGUUCAUGUUAAUGAUGAAAAAUAACAGAUGAUUAGGGAUUCAUUCAAUUCCUUCAUAAUAUCUAGGCAUAGAACAUUUCAAGUUCCUAUAUUUAUAAUGUUCAUUUAUUUCAUUCUUUUAUAUAUUCACUA